AUGGCCCCACUGUGCUCUGUGAUCCUGGGAAGCAUUUUGAUUGGGCACCUUAAGAAAGGGUUGAACCCACCAUCUGUUUCUGAGCUGGCCUUUGGGUCACCAUAUCUUACAACAGCCAUUAAAACUGGGAUAAUCACUGGUGUCAUAGGCCUUGCUGAAGGAGUAGCUGUUGGAAGAAGUUUCGCGGCAUUCAAGAACUACCACAUUGAUGGUAACAAAGAAAUGAUCGCUUUCGGGAUGAUGAACAUUGCAGGCUCUUGCACUUCUUGCUACUUGACUGCCGGACCAUUUUCGAGAAGUGCUGUGAACUUCAAUGCAGGAUGCAAGACUGCCAUGUCGAAUAUUGUAAUGGCAACUGCAGUGAUGUUCACACUGUUGUUCUUGACGCCAUUGUUCCACUACACUCCACUUGUGGUGCUCUCCGCCAUUAUAAUGGCUGCCAUGCUAGGCCUCAUUGAUUAUGAAGCUGUAAUCCACCUCUGGAAAGUAGACAAGGUGGACUGCAUUGUGUGCCUAGGUGCAUAUGUUGGUGUUGUCUUUGGCAGUGUUGAGAUUGGCCUAGUCAUUGCAGUUACAGUUUCCAUGCUGAGGGUGCUGCUAUUUGUAGCUAGGCCAAGGACUUUUACUUUAGGCAACAUUCCAAACUCAUCGAUUUACAGAAGCAUUGAUCAAUACCCAGAUGCAAACAACAUUCCAGGAAUUCUCAUUCUUCAAAUUGAUGCACCCAUCUAUUUUGCCAAUGCAAACUAUUUACGGGAAAGGAUCUCAAGAUGGAUAUAUGAGGAGGAAGACAAGCUAAAAUCUUCUGGAGAAACAAGCUUACACUACGUUAUACUAGACCUUAGCACUGUAGGCAGCAUUGAUACCAGUGGGAUCAGCAUGCUUGAAGAGGUCAAGAAAAAUGUUGACAUAAAGGGUCUCAAGCUUGUAUUAGCAAACCCUCGAAGCGAGGUGAUUAAGAAGCUUGAGAAAUCCAAGUUCAUCGAGAAAAUUGGUCAGGAAUGGAUCUAUGUUACAGUGGGAGAGGCUGUAUCAGCAUGUAACUUCAUGCUGCACACCUGCAAACCCAAUCCAGGAGAAAUUGAAGUAAACAGAAAAGAUGACAAUGUCUAA